UUCUUUUCUUUUUGGAAUAACAUCUCAACAACAUCUCGGCACCUCGGGUGCAAGCCCUGCGACCUCAAGACGCAAGGCUGGGAGCAAACACGGGGCUGUGGGGUUGCGGGAUUGCAGGCUUCAGGGAGUGAGACCCGCAAGCUUGGGGAGCGUAGCGCAACGCCGGGCCGGCGCCGCGGCAUAGGAGGCGGCGUGGUGAACUUGAGCGCCGGCCUCGCGCAGACGCAGCGCACUCACGGGGCGGUCCCGGAGGCAGCGAGCUGUGAUUCCGGUUCCGUCGCGGAGACACGUGAAGGUCGGUUGGUUGGUACAGAGUUCGUCUCUGCAAGCGUGGUCACCCUGGGAUGGAUUCCUCCUCCUCUUCCUCCGCGGCAGGUUUGGGUGCAGUGGACCCGCAGUUGCAGCAUUUCAUCGAGGUAGAGACUCAAAAGCAGCGCUUCCAGCAGUUGGUGCACCAGAUGACUGAACUUUGUUGGGAGAAGUGCAUGGACAAGCCUGGGCCAAAGUUGGACAGUCGGGCUGAGGCCUGUUUUGUGAACUGCGUUGAGCGCUUCAUUGAUACAAGCCAGUUCAUCUUGAAUCGACUGGAACAGACCCAGAAAUCCAAGCCAGUCUUCUCAGAAAGCCUUUCUGACUGAUCUCAGCAUUACCUCUUUGGAAAAGGAAAGUAGUUCAAGAAAUGAAGAGCUGUUGAUAGGAUGAUUGAAGAAACAGCUGAUUGAAGAUUGGCUCCCAUCUUUUGUUACUCUUGGGACAUCCUGUCAUCUGAGAAUGAACAAAGACAAAUUUUUUUGUCUGUAGAGCUCGAGGGUCCUAUGUUUGCUUGUAUUUUUAAUGCUAAUCUUGUGAAAAUAAUUGACAAAUUAAUGGAAAACUCUAGAUGCAUAUUACUGUAUAUGGCACUAUGCUUUUCUCCAAGCCCCAUUAAGUGCUCCCUAAAAUUUUGAUAGUGGGACCACAUAUGUAAAAAUUUCUCAUUUGUGUGGAAUCAUUUCUGAUUUCAGGGGAGAUCCUUGUCUAUCAGAAAGGGCAGUAGUGGGGGAAGAAUAAUUUGGCGUCCUUAUCUUGUGCUUGAUUAUCAAUGCUGGAGAAAAAGAUCUGUAAGAGUGUUUAUACAGUACACUUAAGUUUUCCUGAUGAUCUCCCUUUCCUCUAUAGUGAUUUACUUAAAUAUCCAUGUUAAGUAUAGUCUCAAGGUAGGGUAGGCAGUGUGAGAGUCUAGAGGCCUUUAGUUAUAAGGAAUCUAGCCAGUAAACUUAAUUCUUAUUACUAGACUGCCACAAGGAAGAAGUUAACUUGCCCUGUAUAUCAGGGUACAAAAAACUUCAAUGAUGUGCCUAAAUAAGUUAUAAAGAUUUAGGCCAAUCAGAAUCUGACAGCAAUUUCAGGUAGAGGUGCAUGCCUAAUGUUAAUCAGUGUAGAUUCCACUUACUGCAUUCUUUUGAUCACUGAAAUAAAAGUUAUAAAAGAUUCAA